CUUUUCUCUCUCCUCUCUCCUAACUUUCGCUUUUGAUCGAGCGGAGUGAGAUUCCUCUCUAGGCUUCGAAGCUUCGCCAUUACUCUUUCCCUAUUCCCGAAACCCUAACGCUAAACCCAGAUCCACUCUCAUUUACUGCCCCCCCUCCACUAUCGAUUGACCCCCAGUCAAUGCCAGUAAAAAAAGAUCUCACCUUUGCGGAGCAGUGGUAAAAGGCCCCAGCGAGGGACGAGCCUAGGGGCCAGAGAAAUCACCGGAGCUUUUAACAGUUCAGCCAUGGCGCCGUUUCUCUUAUCGGGGUACGCUAUCUUCCUGUUGCUUUGCUUCUCCGCUCUGAGCAUGGGAUCAGUUGACGAGAAGCUCCCCUUCUCGUUGUCCUUCGAAAAGUUUGAGAACGAUCAAAGGUUUGGGUCUGAAAUCGCCCUCUAUGGUGACGCCGAGGUCAGAAAUUCCACGGUUCUGAUGUUUGGUAAAGGGAGGAUGAUGUGCAGGAAACCGUUUAGGUUUUUUGGGACAAACCCUGGGUUUUCAACCUAUUUCUCUUUCUCAAUCUCGGCCGGUUACGGUCAAAACCUAGCAUUCUUGCUGGUUCCGAGUAAUAUUUCUCAAGAAGCCGAGGUUAACCCAAGAUUUCUAGUCGUGAAACUCGCUGCUACCAAUGCUGCUGGUGCGAGCAGCAUAGCGUUCGAUGUUGGUGGCGCGAUUCCUGUGAAAAGUAGCAGCUUGGUUCUGAGUAGUGAGGAGAAGUUGCACUCUUGGAUUGAUUACGACGGGGCUUCGAAGAUGAUCGAAGUGAAAAUCAGCAAAUCUAGGGAUUUGAAGCCUGAGAAAUCAUUGGCCUCCUGCCCGGUUGAUUUAUCGAAUGCUCUAUGGAGGGAGGCAAUGUAUGUUGGCAUUAGCUCUUCAGGUGAAGGUGCUUCUCGAACGAGCAAUGUCUACUCAUGGAGCUUCAACGUUACGCACGGAGCCCCUUAUCAAAUGCAUUCUGAGCCUCUGAAUCCUGAUUCGGUCACUGUGCGGUCUUACGAGGACCCUUUGCUUCCUAUGAGAAGAGGCUCUCCUUGGAAAAUCGUUGUGGCUUUGUUCGUUGGUGUUAUUUUUGGAGCUCUGCUGGCAUCUGCUGUGUUCUUCUUGAGAUCUAAGGUUGUCAAGAGGCAUCCAGUUUCUCCCAUAGAGUAUGAAAGUGAGAAGAUUGACUCGGAUGGAUUCAAAGCUGUUGAUGUUGCUGGGAAAUAGGAGGAGGUUUGAGGAGAGAGAUCUGAGAGGAGAACUCUAAUCUUCAGCAAAUUUGAGAAAGUCGGAACCAGAUCAGAGAGCUACAGUCUCGAUUUUUUGUAGAAAUCUGAGAAGUUUUGGAGAGCUACAGUCCCGGUUUGAUCGGCGUCAAACUAGGAUUUGAUCGGUGUCAAAGCUUCGGUCGGCGUCGAACUAGGGUUUAGGCAAAGUUAAACUAGCGUUUUGAAGACUGAUCGGUCGGAGUUUUGGAGAGAAUGAGGGAAGAGAGAGAGAGAAGAUUGAUCGGUCAGAGUUUUGGAGAGAGUGGAGAUUGAUCGAUCGGGGAAAGUCGGAGGCUCGAGCGACCGAUUCCGUCUCUCUCCCUCGUUUUCACCUGGGCAGCGGAGAGAAAACUUAAAAGGAAAAAUAGCUAUCGGUUUUUCUGCAGUGAAAAUGAUUUUCUUUUUAUUUUUUGUUUUCUUUCAAACCAAACAGCAAAAACUCACUUUCGUUUUUAUUUUAUUUUUCUUUCUCUCACUUUCUAUCGAACCAAACAGAGCCUUAGUGUAAAAGCAGUAUUUCCUCACGAGCGUGUAGUUUCUAUGUGCUGUCAUAGGAUGAAAAAUUCAUAAAUGGAUGCUCAUUAUUCUUGCUGGGGAGGGAGGAAUUGAUAAAGGGAUAACCCUUGUUGUCCCUGGACAUCAGUUUGUGAUAAUGGAAAUGUUGUAUUAUUUCAAGGGAUGCUGGCUUCAAAUCUCAACUUCUUGAGCAUGAAAUGCUUCGUGUUGGAUUAUGCGUUCAUACAUCCGUUUAGGUUGUUUUUGC